AUGUGGCCUUUCCGAACAGGAGUCCUUGCCUCUGAUGGCUUCAUGCCCUGUUUCCUGAUAUCACUGGGCGCGAUUGCCAUGGCAUACCCAUCUAGCAUUGUUGCAUCAACGCUUGCAAAGCCAUCUUUCCUGCAGUAUAUGGGUCUUGGGGACGAGAAUGGGAUAUAUGAGGGUAAGCAAGGGGAGGUUGGGACAAUUACAGCCCUCUUUCAGGCGGGUGCCGUCGUAGGCCUUCUAAGUGGCUCCGAGAUAUCUGAUCGCUUUGGUCGCAGGAGUGCCCUGCUCUUCGUCUCGAUUAUCUCAAUUAUUGGCAGCGUUGGCGUGACCGCGGCUCAGAAUAUGGCAAUGUUAUUGAUAUUUCGGUUUUUUACCGGGGCCGGAAGCUAUGCAUAUCUGGCUUUAGUGCCAGGGUAUAUUUCCGAGCUCGCUACACCUAAGAGGCGCGGUCUCUUUGGCGGCCUUUGCGGCACCUUUAUUGGAUUCGGUUACUGCUGUGCCUCGUUCGUUGGUCUUGCCUUCUAUUACAUCCAUAAUGAAGAAAUGCAGUGGCGAGGACCCUUCGCGAUUGGGAUUCUAUGGCCUGUGAUGACACUAGCAACCUACCCAUUUAUUCCCGAGUCACCUCGGUUCCUAUUGAUGAAGAACAGGCCUGAUGAGGCGUGGAAUGUGGUCUCUCGGCUCCAUGCCGAUCCUAGCACAAAUGAUAAUUCAUUUAUGCUGGCUGAGUUCUCUCAGAUGAAGCAGCAGGCUGAUUAUGAGCGGACGUUGGACAGGUCCUGGCUGCAACUUUUCAAGAAGCCAUCAUACAGGAAACGAUUGAUCCUCAUUGGAGGUAUAAAGAUUUUAGGCCAAAGUACAGCAGUACUAGUACUUAACAACUAUGGUCCAAUCUUUUACGCUGCCCUUGGCUUCCAGAAACGCGACCAGCUUAUUCUUGCUGGUGGCCGGGAUGUUGUUGCCUUCCUCGGAAAUAUGACCGGCGCCUUUCUAAUGGAUAACUUUGGAAGAAGACGUUUACUACUUACCGGAUUUGGAGGCUGCCUUAUUAACCUAUGCAUUUUUGCAGCAAUGGUCGCCGAGGUCCAAAAAGAACCUAGAAUAGGGCUAGUAGGAGUUGGCAUGACAGCACUCUUUACAUUCCUCGUCUUCUACGCAUUUGGCGUUGAUGCUGCAACCUAUGUCUACGCGGGCGAGAUAUUUCCUGGCCAUAUAAGAUCAAAAGGCAUGGCUCUUUCGGUUAUAAUAGCUGCAUUAACGUCACUUGUUUACUUGCAAGUUACUCCGCUAGCUGUUGCUAAUAUUGGAUGGAAGUAUUUCCUGGUCUUUAUUUCCGUUAGUGCUGUUGGCUUCGUGUGGGCGUAUUUCAACAUCUUCGAGACCAAGCAUAUCCCGCUCGAGGAAAUAGGAGAGAAAUUCGGCGAGGUGGACGAGGUGGCCGUCCAUCUUUCGGAGGCUAUGGCGGAGUCCGCUGGAAAGGGGCAAAAUUUUGCUACUGAGCAUAUUGAGCGUUCUGACGAGGCUUCUCCUACAAGGGGGACUUAG